AUGGAGACUGUAAGUAGAAGCAGCUUCCAGCCUCAUCCAGGACUGCAGAAGACCUUGGAACAGUUUCAUCUGAGCUCUAUGAGCUCCCUGGGUGGCCCUGCUGCUUUCUCAGCGCGAUGGGCACAGGAGAUGUACAAGAAAGACAAUGGCAAAGACCCAGCGGAACCUGUACUGCAUCUGCCCCCGAUCCAGCCUCCUCCGGUCAUGCCUGGUCCCUUCUUCAUGCCCUCGGACAGAUCCACGGAGAGGUGCGAGACCAUCCUGGAAGGGGAAACCAUCUCCUGCUUUGUGGUGGGCGGAGAGAAGCGGCUUUGCUUGCCCCAGAUCCUGAACUCGGUGCUCAGGGACUUCUCCCUGCAGCAGAUUAAUUCGGUGUGUGAUGAGCUACAUAUUUACUGCUCCAGAUGCACUGCUGACCAGCUGGAAAUCCUCAAAGUCAUGGGCAUCCUCCCCUUCUCCGCUCCUUCCUGCGGGCUCAUCACGAAAACUGAUGCUGAGAGGCUUUGUAACGCCUUGCUUUAUGGUGGCACCUAUCCUCCCCACUGCAAGAAGGAAUUCUCUAGCACAAUUGAGCUGGAGCUUACGGAGAAGAGCUUCAAGGUGUACCAUGAGUGCUUUGGGAAGUGUAAGGGACUCCUGGUGCCAGAGCUUUACAGUAACCCCAGCGCAGCCUGCAUCCAGUGCUUGGACUGCAGGCUCAUGUACCCACCUCACAAAUUUGUGGUCCACUCUCACAAAUCGUUGGAAAACAGGACUUGCCACUGGGGCUUUGACUCUGCAAACUGGAGAUCCUAUAUCCUCCUCAGCCAGGAUUAUGCUGGGAAAGAGGAGAAAGCUAGACUGGGCCAGCUCUUAGACGAAAUGAAAGAAAAAUUUGACUAUAACAACAAAUACAAGAGGAAAGCCCCCCGGAACCGGGAGGCUCCUCGAGUUCAGCUCGGCUGGAACACAAUGUUCAAGACAAUACUGUGGGAUCCAGCUGGAGCUUCCGCGUUAGUGCAGCGUCAGCCAGAUGGAAAUGAGGUCUCUUCAGAUCCUCCUGCUUCCAAAAAGCCCAAAAUAGAUGAUUCUGCUUCCCAAUCUCCAGCUUCUACUGAGAAGGAAAAACAGUCCAGUUGGUUACGGUCCUUAUCCAGUUCAUCUAAUAAGAGCAUCGGCUGCGUCCAUCCCCGGCAGCGCCUCUCCGCCUUCCGGCCCUGGUCCCCCGCGGUGUCUGCCAGUGAGAAGGAGCUCUCCAGCCACCUGCCUGCCCUGAUCCGGGACAGCAGCUUUUACUCCUACAAGAGCUUUGAGAGCGCCGUGGCCCCCAACGUGGCCCUGGCCCCUCCAGCCCAACAGAAGAUCGUGAGCAACCCUCCCUGUGCCACCGUGGUGUCCCGGAGCAGCGAGUCCCUGGGCUCUGGCCAGCCCAGGAAGAGGAAGCAUGGCACCGAGCACACGGCUGUCCCCGAGGCUGCGGCCACCGCCGCCACCACAGCCACCGCUCCCGAGGAGGACAAGGAGUCAGAAGCAGAGAUUGAAGUAGAAACCAGGGAAGAAUUCACCUCCUCUUUAUCCUCGCUUUCCUCCCCAUCCUUCACCUCCUCCAGCUCUGCCAAGGACAUGAGCUCCCCUGGGAUGCAGCCCCCAGCCCCUGUCAACAGCUCCUACGAGGUGGCCACACACCCUGACCCCCACAGCAGCGGGCUGGAGGCUGAGCUGGAGCACCUCAGGCAGGCCCUGGACAGUGGGCUGGACACAAAAGAAGCCAAAGAGAAGUUCCUGCACGAGGUGGUGAAGAUGAGGGUGAAGCAGGAGGAGAAGCUGAACGCGGCCCUGCAAGCCAAGCGCAGCCUGCACCAGGAGCUGGAGUUCCUGAGAGUGGCCAAGAAAGAGAAGCUGAGGGAAGCAACAGAAGCCAAGCGCAACCUGCGGAAGGAGAUCGAGCGUCUGCGAGCCGAGAAUGAGAAGAAGAUGAAGGAGGCCAACGAGUCCCGGAUCCGGCUGAAGAGGGAGCUGGAGCAGGCGCGGCAGAUCCGUGUGUGUGACAAGGGCUGCGAGGCCGGCAGGCUCCGGGCCAAGUACUCAGCACAGAUUGAGGACCUGCAGGUGAAGCUGCAGCACGCCGAGGCCGACCGGGAGCAGCUCCGCGCCGACCUCCUGCACGAGAGGGAGGCCCGGGAGCACCUGGAGAAGGUGGUCAAGGAACUUCAGGAACAACUGUGGCCUAAAGCCAGCAGCCAGCCCAGCAGUGAGAGCACCUCAAGCCCCAUGGAGAACUGA